AACGUGCACGAUCACUACACACCGAUUGAAUUAAAGUCAAGAUGGCGACCGAGGGCGAAUACGAGUCGAUCCUGUGUGUGAAACCUGACGUCAACGUUUACCGAAUCCCGCCGCGGGCAUCGAACCGGGGAGUCAGGGCUGCGGAUUGGAAGCUGGACGCCCCUGAUUGGACAGGCCGUAUGAGAGUGACGGCUCGGGGAAAAGUGGCUUUCAUCAAACUGGAGGACAAGAUCUCUGGGGAGCUGUUUGCACAGGCACCAGUGGACGAGUACCCUGGCAUCGCCAUAGAAACCGUCAGUGACUCCAGUCGUUACUUUGUGCUUCGGAUCCAGGAUGAGAGUGGUCGCAGUGCGUUCAUAGGCAUCGGGUUCGGGGACAGAGGAGACUCGUUUGACUUCAACGUGGCGCUGCAGGACCACUUUAAGUGGGUGAAACAGGAGCUUGAGAUCAGUAAGCAGUCUCAAACUCCAGACAACACUCCUAAACUGGACCUGGGUUUCAAAGAAGGACAGACCAUCACUCUCAAUAUCGGGCAAGGCAGAAAGAGAGACAAGUCCCGCCCCCAGAGCGCUGGUGGCUUUGGGCUCCUCCCUCCUCCCCCUAGCGGUGGAGGCUCCAAGAUAGCCCCUCCCCCUAUGUCAAGCUCCUCCAAUGACAAUGAUGGUUUAUUCUCAGGGGGAGACUUAUUCUCUGCGGGAAGUGACUCGUUUUCAGGGGGUAGUGACACAUUUUCAGGAGGAAACAACACAUACUCAGCAGGAAGUGACAUGCUCUCAGGGGGAAGUAACACAGGCUGUUUGUUAGACCUGGACAGCAGUAACUCCAACUCUGUGGUGCAGCCGGACCCCAACCCUGCAGGCGGCUCGGACAUGUGGGGAGACUUCUCUGCCCCAGAAAAUUCAAUGUCUCCUCUCGCCAACGUUGAUGGUUCCACCAACUGGCAGCAGUUCUGAGGUCGUCGCACAAUCUCUUUCACUUGACCUUCACCUGACCUUUAACCCCUGACCAGCGGAGGACUCCAGCAGAACACUGUAUAUUAUCACCUCAACCUCAGUGUACUCUUUCUCUCUCUCUCUUCCCCCUCUCUUUAUUUCUCUCUCUCUUCACCCCUCUCCUGGCU